CGUCUACAUCAAUAUUUUUCCACAUUAAUGUUUUGAUAUUCCAGAUAUUGUCGGAAUUGCCAUAAACUGCGACCAGCACUGACGAACAGAGGACGGUCUCCUUGCGGAACUAAGAACGUGGACCUAACCGAUAGUGGCCGUACCAAGGACAUGAAGGAAAACCGGUGCCAGUGGCCGGAAGCAGUCCGUCGGAUGGGAUACUGCUGAAGCGAUCAGCAGCAGCAGCAGCGUCAACAUUACAAAUGCAGCAGUAGUCUCCACCGGAGAACCAGGCCGAGUAGAAACCCAUCCGGUCCGUGCUGGCUGCGAACCGCGGCGAAAUCGCUACCGUGUCUUCCUAGUGUGUAACGAGCUGGGCAUGCCGUCGGUGGCCAUCUACUCCGAGCAGAAUCGCCAGCACAUGCACCGACAGAAGGCCGACGAGUCGUACAUCGAUGGCAAGGGCCUAGCCCCGGUCGAGGUCUGCAACACAUUCCAGAAAUUAUCCGGGUGUGCAAGGAGAACGACGUCGACGACAUGCACCCCGGUUAAGGGUCAUAUCGGUCCAUCACCUAAGGUUGUCCAGCAGAUGGGAGACAAAGUGGCCGCCCGUAAGGCUGCCAUUGAAGCAGGCGUUCUAAUCGUACCGGAUACGGACGGUCCCGUGACCAUCAAGGUGGAAGUGUUGGUUUUUUGCAAGAAGCACGGAUUUCCCGUGAUCUUCAAGGCAGCGUUGAGUGGAAGUAGCCGUGGAAAGGAAAGUGUGAAAAAUGGUAGAGGUCGGGGACAACUUCGAGCGAGCGAGUUCGGAGGCGAAGGCUUCCGUCGGUAAUGGUGCCAUGCUUAUUGGAAGGUUCAUCGAACGACCUAGGCAUAUUGAGUUGCAACUGCUGGAUGACAAAGCUGGCAACGUGGAUCAUUUGUACGAACGUGAUGGCCCGGUUGAGCGGCGGCACCAGAAGUUGGUGGAAAUUGCACCUGCACCAAAACUGGCCCGCGAGGGGAAAAAAAAAACGAAUACGCUGUCAAGUUGGGCAGACACGUCAGAUAUGAAAACGCCGGAAUCGUGGAGGUCCUUUGAGACGGCAACUUCUACUCAUCAAAGUGAACGCCCGUCUGCAAGUGGAGCACCGGAAUUGAUUUCGUUUAGUUGGGACUAAAUCUAAAAUCCGUGUCGCCGAGGGAAUCACGCUGCCAGAGUUGGGAUACACUCAUGAUAUCAUUUAAACUCCCCAACAGCAGCAACCGCUAAUACAGCCUAAUUACGAAGAACAACAAAUGGCAAAAAGUUGAUCUCAACGAUUUUUUUAAGUAAGCAAAAAUACAACAAAAUACUGUUAGGUACAUA